AUGGAAGCAGAACCAGUGUCUAGUAUUUCAAGUCAACUCGUUCAGUAUGACGGUAAGGAAUAUCACGCGGUGAAAGAAGGGAAUGCGUGCAUUCUGAACCCACCUUCCCAAGCUGCAGCCUCCACAGGAACAAGAAGAGAUCUCAAGGCAGAGGAUGAGGCUCAGUCUGUAUUCUACAAUCCUAUCCAGCAAUUCAAUCGUGACCUGAGUGUACUUGCAAUCAAAGCCUAUGGGGAACAUGUGCUGGCUUCAAAAAAGCGGAGAGCCGAAAGGAGGCAGCGAAGAGGUGCAGCGGAUGGGCAAUUAAAAGGCAAGAAACGGAAGAGGGUGGAUGGUGAUGAAGAGGAACCAAACGGGAAGGGAAGCAAUUUUGACAACCAGACAGGAAGAAGUGAUCAUCAGGCCUCAGAAUCGCACACUGGAGAAAAUACCACGCCAUCAUUUACAAUUCUAGAUGCUCUGUCUGCUACUGGCUUGCGUGCACUACGAUAUGCAUCAGAGAUCCAAUUUGCUACAUGCAUUGUUGCGAAUGAUCUUUCGCCGUCUGCCAUCAAAUCAAUGAAAUUGAACAUCGAAUACAACAGACUUGGGAAGCUCAUUCAACCUAACACCGGUGAUGCGCGGACUUACAUGUACAAUGCCCUUAACACAGCCAACACUCAGACCAGUGGAUUGCACACUGGGAAGUUUGAUGUUAUUGAUCUGGAUCCUUAUGGGACGGCUGCACCGUUUAUGGACUCGGCUGUGCAGGCUGUGAAAGAUGGGGGGUUGCUUUGUGUGACCUGCACCGAUGCUGGGGUUUGGGCAUCCAACGGAUAUCCGGAAAAAUCAUACGCAUUGUACGGUGGUGUGCCAACGAAAGGUACACAUUCCCAUGAAGGUGGGCUACGCCUAAUCAUUCACGCACUCGCGACGUCAGCUGCCAAGUACGGGCUGGCUAUUGAGCCACUUCUAUCUUUAUCAAUCGAUUUUUACGCCCGAGUCUUUGUCCGCGUUCAUCGGUCACCAGCAGAAGUUAAGCUUGUCUCGGGUAAUACAAUGGUUGUUUACAACUGUGAUUCAGGCUGCGGAGCUUGGUCAACACAGCCUUUAACACAGACAAAGCCACGACUUGAUAAAAAAGGGAACCCUUUCUAUCAUUACGGAUUCGCCCAGGGACCCAUGGCAAACACGACUUGUGCGCACUGUGGGAUGAAGACUCACAUAGGCGGCCCAAUGUGGGCGGGGCCGCUACAUAACCCUCACUUCAUCCGAAGAAUCGAAGGCAUGUUAACUACAGCACUUGAGGAGGACUUGAUUCCCAACGACCCUAUAAGGAGCGCCAAUUCAGAACAUGCUCUUCCCAAAACCAAGGAUGCUGAACUAAACGAAGAUCUAGCCAUAAUCCCGCGGAUGGACCCGGCUCUUCGAGAGCCGUACCCAUUCUAUUUCAGUUUGAGUGCUCUCUCAAAAGUCCUUCAUACAUCUACUAUCUCUUCCGAUGCUUUCCGUGGAGCUGUGCGACACCUGGGUUACCAAUGUACCCGUAGUCACACCAAACCCAAUAGUAUCCGCACAGAUGCACCUUGGGACGUGAUUUGGGAGAUCAUGAGAGAAUGGAAGCUGAAGGAAGGCGAGAAAAAUUUAAAUUUGCUAAAGCAAGAGAUUGUGUCUGCUGCCGAAAAUGGGAAGGAUAUCUCCGACGUAGUGACGAAAGUCGAAGCCGCGCUGUACCGGUCCGGCUUCUGGCAGGCAUUGAACCAAAGGGAGUCAGAUUCUCGACCUGCCAGUAUGCAAAAGGAGCCGCAGACUUCCAACCAAGCCCAUGGAACACUUACAAUCAAAUCUAAUACCAGCACGCUGGAAGUUGUUUUCGAUGAGGCUCUAGUCGAGCGUCUGGGCGCCAGCAAGGCUGAGAAUCCAUAA